AAGUUUUCAAGACACCAGCAGAGACACCAUGAAGGCUCCAUGAAGUGUUCUCGUCCAGCAUAAGGAGCUGUCAAUCACUUUCUUCUGUCCUGAACCAGGAAAACUCAUCAUCUAGAAGCCACUCUGCUCGCCUGGAACCAAAGUUGAAAUCCAAGGCCACAACAUGGCUUCCCAAAUCCCAGCGCUCCCUCAGUCCUACGCUCCCGGGACUGAUAGUGUCUUUUCUGACCAGUCUGGCUUUUACUCUCUGGACUCCAACGUACCUGGGCUCUCUAAGGUGAUCCUCAACAAGCUCAACAUGAAGGACUACGGAGAGUACAGGGCUGCUGUUGAGGGAAAGACUAGAGGAGUCUCAUUUCGCAACUACAAGGAGAUGUUCCAGAAGAUGGAGGACACCUUUAAGUUCUGCACUGGCUGCAACAAACUGUCAGAGCAUCUCACCGAGGGACAGACCCUGAAACGCUGUGUGAAGUGUUUGAAUGUGUAUUACUGCACCAAGGACUGUCAGAGAAAAGACUGGCCUCAGCAUAAAAAGGUCUGCAAGAUGCUGCGUCUGGUGGCCAUUGACAGACUAGUGGAAUGGCUGAUGUUCACUGGAGACCUCCCGUUCCCCACGGAGAAGUGGUCCAAGUCACCUGCUGAGGUGAAGAACUGGGACGACUGGCUCCCCAUGCAGGACGGUCUCACGUCACAUCUUGACGCCAUUUUGUCUGGUACCAACAUGACAAACCUUUGGAAAAACGCCAGCAGGCCACGACCAGACGAUUCUGACCUGCGUCAGUCUUUAUGGCGGAUUCAGAGUGAGUUCCUUUCUCGAGUUCUCACAGUUGGAAUGGCCAUUCAACAGUUUGGCCUGGAUCCAUGCGCUAAACCCCUCACUAUUCACCUGGCGGGGGCAUCCCACAAUGAGACCAUGGGAGCCAGACUGACUGACUAUGAUGAGCUGAACCACAUGUUCCCUGGACACCAGGGCAUUGAGGUGGUCAUGGUUGGACCAGAAGUGGUGGAUGGCCCCAUUAUGAGGCUUCCUCUCAGAGCAUUUGGCCCCAAGCAGAGAGUCUACCUCAGUGCCCACAAGGGCCUCUACCAUCAGUUCUGGGAGGAGCUGGUGGAGAAAGAGGAAGCAGCCAAGCCAGACCUGGUGGUUGGAUUUCAUCCUGGGUUCCACGCCAACCAGGGCCUGGUUGAAGGUUGGCUGCCCACCCUUCUGCUGCUCAGAGACUACAACAUCCCUUCCUUCUUCACCAUGUACAGUGAGAUGGAGCUCAAGUACUCACUGCAGAUCUUGCUGGAGUUGGAGAUGCACAUCAGGGACAGUGGGUCCAAUCCAUUCACCUCACAGAAACCAGAGCAGGUCCAGGCCUGUCCCAACAAAACCCCAGUCUACUGCAACUCUCACUACAUCUGUUUCCAGGGACUGCUGCCACGAGAAGACUUUGAGGAGCCAGGUCCAGACAAUUAAGAGGCCACCAUAAAGAAAAUCAGGGCCUGUUUUUUUGGGGGGUCUCCUCUUUAAAGGAUUUUGGGAA